GGUUUUGCUGCCAAGUUAGAGAGAGAAAGAGAGAGGGAGAUCAUAUUCCUGCAGCAAUUCUGACCCAUCAAACGACAAAGUUCUUGUUUUGAAACAAACCCACUUCGAUUCUGUUAUUGUUUUGUUGAUUUGUGUUGAGAGAAGGUGAGGAAGAUCUGAGAAAAGGGUUUGUUUUGGUGUGAUAUUUCUCUCUACCUAUAUAUAUAUAUAUAUGGCCAUUGAAGCUCAGUUGUGCCUGGACAAUCUUGGGUUAGGCUCACAGGUUUGGAUGGAAAGUGCUUGUGGGUUCAAUGAGUUGUAUCUCAAUCUUCCGCAGCAACAGUUACAAAAUCUGCAGCAGAAAAGUGUCGUGGUUCCCAAAAACAACUUCAAGAGUCACCAAUUAAUGGAGUUUUCUCAAAGCAUAGAGUCUGUGAUUGAGAAUCAAAGGCAAGAGAUUGAUCAGUUUAUCACUUUACAGAAUGAGAGAUUGAGAUUGGCAUUGCAAGAGCAGAGAAAGCAACAAGUGGAAGUGCUUUUGAAGAAAUACGAAGCAAAAGCACAUUUUCUACUGAAACAGAGAGAUGAAGAAAUAGGAAAAGCUGUGCAGAGGACAAUGGAGCUUGAAGAGUUGUUGAGAAGAAUGGAGGACGAGAACCAAACAUGGCAGAGAGUGGCCAAAGAGAACGAGGCCAUGGCUUUCUCUCUCCACAACACAAUCGAACAGCUGAGAGAAAGCAAUGCUUGUUUCACCAAUGGGAUUGAAGAUGCAGAGUCUUGCAUAGAGGAGGACCAAACAGGGGAAAGCAGGGGGAGGAAUGGAAAGGAAGAGGGAAAUGGAAGUGGAAGAGGAAGAGAGAGAGAGGAAAAGAUGGUUUGCAAAAGCUGUAAUUUUAGGAGUAGGUGUGUCAUUUUCCUACCUUGCAGGCACCUUUGCUCAUGCAAAGCUUGUGAAGCUUUUCUUGAUUCUUGCCCUGUCUGUGGCGUGACAAAGAGAGGUAGCAUAGAGGCUUUGAUGUGAUUUUCUAGGAAUAUAAUAAAUGUUUUCCCGGAAAAAGAAGGAAAAUGACUGAGUUUAGUGACAUGAUGAGGCAGAAAUGAACAUGGCCCAUUUUGAUUCAUGCACUAUUUUUAUUAGUAUUUAGGGUCUCUGCUUUCUUUAGAAUUGACAUGUACUUUUAAAACCAAACCCAAUCAAGUGAAAAGAAUCAGAGUU